GACGUAGUGCUCGGUUUGUUAUCAUUCCCCGAAGAUGGCGUCGAUCAUGGAAGGGCCGCUCAGCAAGUGGACCAACGUUAUGAAAGGAUGGCAGUACCGCUGGUUCGUGCUCGACUACAACGCUGGCCUACUCUCUUACUACACGUCCAAGGACAAGAUGAUGCGAGGUUCCCGAAGAGGCUGUGUUAGACUGAGGGGAGCUGUGAUUGGUAUAGACGACGAGGAUGACAGCACCUUCACAGUCACAGUGGAUCAGAAGACAUUCCAUUUUCAAGCCCGUGAUGCUGAUGAGAGAGAGCAGUGGAUUCAUGCAUUAGAGGAAACUAUUCUGCGUCAUACUCUGCAGCUCAGAGGUACUGAAACGGGAUUUGUUCCAAGUGUUCAAGAUUUUGACAAGAAGCUUGCUGAAGCUGAUGCCUAUUUACAGAUUUUAAUUGAUCAACUGAAGUUGUUUGAUGAAAAAGUCAAGACUUGUAAUGAUGAUGAGCAGAGAAGGAAAGUUGAAAGUCUCAAGGAAGUAACAAAUAGCAUGGUUGAAUCUAUUAAACACUGUAUAGUGUUGCUGCAGAUUGCCAAGGACCAAAGUAAUGAGGAGAAGCACGCAAAUGGAAUUAUAAGUACCAUCAAUCCAGUGGAUGGAGUUUUUCAGCCUAAUCCUUUAGAGUCGGCUGUAAUUAGCACUAUGCCUACCCAGACUGUUUUACCACCAGAACCUGCUCAAUUAUGCAAAGCAGAACAACGCCCAUCAACUUUGGCUGUGGGAUCUGCUGUUACUGCAAUGGGUAAUCACCAGACACCAACUCCUAACAGUACAGGAAGUGGACAGUCAGCACCAACCAGCAGCAUCACCUCGCCCAGCCAUGUAAAUCUGUCUCCUAAUACAGUGCCAGAUUUUUCAUAUUCCAGUAGUGAGGAUGAAUUCUAUGAUGCCGAUGAAUUCUACCAGAGUAACUCUUCUCCAAAGCGUUGCUUAGAUGCAACAUCUCCGGUGGUGAUCUCACACAGCAACACAGGCGGCAGUCUUAAGCGCCCAGACACCACAGAAUCACUGAACUCCUCCUCCAUGUCUAAUGGAACAAAUGAUGCAGAGCUGUUUGAUACGCAUGAUGAGAGAGAUGAUGAGGGUGAAGGGGAAUCUGUGGAAGAGCAUAAGAGUGUCAUCAUGCACCUCCUAUCCCAAGUCCGACUGGGAAUGGAUCUGACAAAGGUGGUGCUUCCCACUUUUAUUUUGGAAAGGCGGUCUUUGUUAGAAAUGUAUGCAGACUUCUUUGCACAUCCGGAUUUAUUUGUAAGUAUUGUAGACCAAACUGACCCAAGGGACCGAAUGGUGCAGGUUGUCAAAUGGUACCUCUCUGCCUUCCACGCUGGCCGCAAAGGAUCAGUAGCCAAGAAACCAUACAAUCCUAUUCUUGGAGAGAUCUUUAAAUGUCAUUGGAUAGUACCUGAGAUUGAAACUGAAGAAAAUACAGAACCUGUUGCUGAAGGACCAAUUCCAGAAGCCAGUCAGAACAGUGUAACCUUUGUAGCAGAACAGGUGUCUCAUCACCCACCAAUUUCUGCAUUUUAUGCUGAAUGUUUCUCAAAGAAAAUCCAGUUUAAUGCACACAUUUGGACUAAAUCUAAGUUUCUUGGAAUGUCUAUAGGAGUGCAUAACAUAGGACAAGGGUGCGUCUCCCUGCUUGAUUAUGAUGAGCAUUAUAUUCUCACUUUUCCAAAUGGUUAUGGAAGGUCAAUUCUAACAGUUCCGUGGGUCGAACUAGGAGGCGAAUGCAACGUAACUUGUGCAAAAACAGGAUACAAUGCCAGCAUUAUAUUUCAUACCAAGCCUUUCUAUGGAGGCAAGAAACACAGAGUAACUGCGGAAAUCUUUUCUCCACAUGACAAGAAGUCCUUUACCUCAAUUGAAGGGGAGUGGAAUGGAGUGAUGUAUGCCAAAUGGAGUACUGGGGAGAGCAGCAUAUUUGUGGAUACAAAGAAAUUGCCUAUUAUCAAAAAGAAAGUAAGAAAAUUGGAAGAUCAAGAUGACUUUGAAUCUAGAAGACUUUGGAAGGACGUAACGCACAACUUAAAAAUAAAGGAUAUUGAUGCUGCCACAGAGGCAAAGCAUAAACUUGAAGAAAGACAAAGAGCUGAAGCAAGGGAGAGAAAAGAGAAUGAAGUUCAAUGGGAGACACGGGUGUUCCACGAAGAUGGAGAAUGCUGGAUAUAUGAUUAUCCACUGCUAAAGAGGUUGGGUGGCAAUAAAUAUUAGGAUAUUAUUUCAGAAAUGGCUGAAUAGAACACAUUUAAAGCCUACAAUUGAAAAGGACUUUCUUUUGCCUAACAGAAAUUUUGUAUCAAGAUUCUUAAUAUUUAAUAAAACACUAUAGCUUUGUGGUUACAUAAAUGCAUUCAUUUAAGAAAUGCAUUGUUUAGACUUCAUCUGGUAAAUUUUAAGUGGUUCGUUUCUCAGGGAAAUUGGACUUUAAAAAGGUGUGGUGGAACAGUUAACAUCCUACAAGAGUUGAGAAUAUUCUUUUUAGUGCUGUACAAUGACUGUUGGAAUGUUUGCUCCUGCUCCACAUCAGAAAUUUGUAAUGUUUGUUGCAAUUCUCUAAGUUAAGUAUGCAAUUUCAUCUGCCAAAUUUGUGUAAACACUGAAAAUCUCAAAAAGACAGCCCAAGAAAUAAUCUUGGAUACCUGUACAACCUAUUCUAAGUGCACUGUCUGUAAUAUCAUUCUACAGAUAUAAAAAAUGUACCACUUCCAAGUAUUGUGUUUUUAAGUCCUCUGUUUACAAAUGUAGGACUCUCCUAGAAUGAUUCAUUAUUGCUUGAACCUCUUUUCAUAGAUGUGUACAUAUAUAUAGUAUAUAAAUAUAUAUAUAUAUAUGGAGAAUUUCAUUAAUGAAGUGUUUAUUAGUGAACUGGGAUAAAUGUUUAUAUAUAGCAGAUAUAAAAUGAAAAUGAAGCCAAUGACUUUGCUUUAUAAUUUAACACACUUUGAGGCCUUCUUAUUAAUUUCAGUGUUACAUUUGAUUGAAACCUGUAUAUAAUUUUAUUCCAAGAAUGAAUGAUUGCAGCUAGUUUUCAUUCUGUUUAUUGUAACAACAUAAUAAACCUUCAUAAAAUACAUUUUGCAGUGGUCAUGAUGAGUUUGCUUAAUUAGUACUGCAUUAUUUGAAUGCAAACAUAACUCACUGGGCAUCUCACCCAAAAUAUCUGGCAGUCAUAGAACUGUUAAAGAAAACUUAUUUUUGGGUGUAGGGCAAGGAAAAGGAUUACAAUAUUUUGUUAGCAGAUUAAAAUUAAGUUAUUUAGAUUAAUGUUAACAAGUAGAAAAUACAUAUGUCAGGAUACUUGUGGUUUCUCUUUGCUGUACAUAAAGUUUAGUUUCCAUUUCUCCUUGCAUAAUAUUCAGUGAUUCCUACGUGAUCAUGAUACAUUUAAAUCCCUGUCUUCUACUCUCGUUAAUACUUCUGCCUUUUUACUAUUUUGUUUUGACAAAAUACACCUUGCUCAAGCUGAAGUGAGAUGAUCUUGCAUAUAUAGACUUCCAGCUGUUCUUAUUUUUAUACGACUGAAAUGUGGAAGCAACCAUUUGUGACACAAAAACUGAAUGCCCUGCUCAAGCUGCAGGAAAGGUUAUCUGAUUAUAAUCACCUCCAACCAUCAGCAGCAGCUUUCUAUUUUAGCAUUUCAACAGCAGCUCCCUAAACUAAUCACUUUUUUUAAAGCUACAGGUGCCAGGGUGCAUAGCAACACCAUCCUAAGUAUGGCAUGCAUGGUCUCAGAAUUUUUGAACUCCCUUUCUCACAUUGUAUGUAUUAUGCAUUGUAUGCAAUGUCUUUUCAUAUUAUGUAGGUGCAAGAGAAAACCACAUGGAUUUUUCAGAUUAUUUUCAGAAACCAGAAUCAAUACUUAUUACUCCCUUUAAAAAGGUAUGCCCAAUUUCUCUUCACAUCUCACUCAAACCUAGCUCCUUUUUUCACUUUUUUUUAAAUAACUAAUUAAGCUCCUUGACCACAGCAAAUAGAAGCACAAAGCAAAACCCUUCCAGAACUUUCAACAGUCAGGACAACACUGACCAAAACAGCUGGUAGGAUGAAAUAAACUGUCAGAAAAAAGUCUUUCCAUUUUAAGUUCAAAAGGUACUCCAAUAUAAA